UAUAUUGACACUGUGUGCAACAGGAUCACCCAGAUUUGCAAUACACUUCUAUCUGGGGGGAAAUUCACUCCAGGAGAUCUCAGAUUUGGUCUUGUUGCCUUCCACAAUCAUCCUCCUCAAGAUCGGAGCUUCAUCAUCCAGGAAUAUCCUUUCACAACCGAUUUUGGAAGCAUCGCGACGAAUUUAGGUGGCUUAACAGCGACAGGUGGUGGAGAUGGACCUGAAUCUCAAAGUGAUGCUUUGUCCGCUGCCACCAGGGCUGACUGGAAGGACAAAGCAACAAAGGUUGUGGUGCUGAUUACUGAUUCACCCCUGCAUGGAAUUGGAGAGGAUGGAGAUGCCUUUCCUAAAGGAUGUCCACUUCAUAAAUCAUACUUGUGUUCUUCAGUCGUAAUGAAUCAGACUAAUGCCAAUACAGAGAUCAACCCGCUCCAUAUUCAUGUGAUUGCAUGCGAGCCUACUCUGAGCCAGUAUUACAAGGUGAGAUCAUUGUCUUUAGGGAAAGUGGUCAACCUCGGUGAUGUCAGCGUGCUGCCCACUCUCAUCGCUUGUUCCGCUUUAGAGGCAGUUGACAGCGAGAAUUAUGUUGCCAAGUAUCAGGCUGAAGUCCACAGCAUGGUGAAUGAUCAGAAGAUGAGCACCAGCAACAUUUCUCAGAAGCUAUACAGGAACUUCGCGGCUGCAGGCAUCCAACACAGCACCCUUGUUGUCGAUAAUAUGUAUGAAGAGUGUACGCAAGGAGAUCGGAAUGCCGACAUAUGGUUUAAUGCUGAGAAUCUCAACAAAGCGAAGAACAAUAUUCAGGAGGUUGAAGGCAACCAUAUUCUCGAAAAGUACCAGACUGCUGGGGUAGAACAAUCAGCUGCUGUAGUGAUGCAACUGAUCAGCUUAGCUCAGGUAAUUUUCACCCCACUCAUAUCAAAGUUUAUAGUGACCCCUUUACAAGGUCGAGACUGUCAUUCAGAAGUGUCUUAUGAGAGAAUCAUGAACUUAAAGACCAUGUUGUUCUCACGGAUACCAACAUGUAUUAGUAUCACCUGGCUGGAGUUAUGUGACACCAAUGGCAAAUAUCAUCGAAUUGAAAUAUCAGGGUUUGCGGAGCUAUGGUGCUGUUCACUUGUGUACUUUGUGAGUUGA